AAAAAAGUAAUAAUAAUCAAGAAAUAAUUCAUAAACUCUAAAUUGUCUUCUCCGAACUUUGCUGAGGUGAUAUAAGAGCUCUUGUUUGAAUUUUUGAUAUUAGACCUUCUAUUACCUAUAUCAUUAUUGAGGAAAACUAGAAAACCGGACUCCGGCAUGGCAAACCCACCCGCGAAAUCAGAUCUCCUCAAGCUUGGGAAGACGUUACUAGAAAACGGCCCCGUUAAGACGCUUGCCACAUCCCGCCGAGUACGGAUCCUGUUCAACAACGUGUACGUAGCCGACACGACGUCGGCGCUCUAUGUCUGGGAGCACGAGUACUACCCGUACUAUUACCUACCAAUAGAGUCGUUUACAUACCGCCCGCGUAGUUUGCCUGGUAACGAGAAUCCUCAGUACUGGACAGCAGCACUUAGCGUUGGAGGCCGGACUACGGACCGGGUCCUCGCCUUCGGGGACGCGCUAAGCCCUUCCUGUAAGCCGCUGGAGAAAAUGGUGCGGGUUGAGUUCGCGGCUGCAGAUGCCUGGUUCGAGGAGGACGUCCCGAUCUAUGUGCAUCCGAAAGACCCGUUCCGACGGGUCGACGUACUACAUUCUUCACGGCCCCUGGAGAUCCGCGUUGACGGACAUCUGGUUGCGCAGACGAACUCUUCGUAUCAUCUCUAUGAGACGGGGCUGCCGUGCCGGUUCUAUGUGCCGGCGACGGCGGUGGCGCGGGAUAAGCUGAGGGAGAGCGGGACUACGACUGCGUGUCCGUAUAAGGGCGUGGCGAAUUAUUAUCACGUAGACCUUGGGGGUGACGAAGGGGGAGGACGGAAGUACGAUGACCUGGUUUGGUACUAUAAAAUUCCGACGCUUGAGUGUGCGAGUAUUGCGGGAUGCUUAUGCUUCUACCAUGAGAAGGAUGGGGUUGAGGUUAAGCUUGACGGAAAAGUGCUGCAGCGGCCGAAGACUCAUUGGUCGUGAAAGUGCUGUCUGGAUUAGGUAAAAGGACGAAGAGUCUCGCAACAUAAAUAAAUCAUCAACUUGCGCUUAGAUGUCCUGAUUGGAAACCCCUUACGAGAACA